AUGACCAGCUCUGCAAAGGAAAUUAUCCUCUACGACUUCCCUACCAAAGUGCGGAACGGAGCGAUGUCUCCACACACCUGGAAGAUUAGAAUGGCGUUGAACGUGAAAGGCAUACCCUACCGCACCGUCUGGGUCGAAUGCUGCGACAUCAAAUCUCAUUGCAUCUCCAUCGGCGCCAAGCCAACCGCCUACGAAGUCAACCCCGUCGAUGGGUCCAAAACGCCGCUUUACACGUUCCCUGUCAUCCAGGAUCCCGCCACCGGUGCUAUCGUUUCCGACUCCUACAACAUCGCUCUCUAUCUCGACAAGACGUACCCUUCCUCCAACGUCACCCUCAUUCCCGCUGGGACACAAGCACUGCAAGCUGCAUUUCAGGACGUGCUUGCGGAGAAGAUAGCGGGGAAUAUCAUGCCCUUGAUGAUCCUCGAUAUCAAGAAACAAAUCACGAACAAGAGUUACGAUUGGUGGUGCAGGACGAGGGAGGAGAAUUUCGGGAAGCCGGUGGAGGAUUUGGUUCCGGCAGAACAGAGGCCAGCAAUGUGGAAGAAAGGCAUGGAGGGUUUCAAGCAGGUUGGAGAUUGGUUGGAUAUGGACGGUGGUAGGCAAUUCCUGAUGGGCGACAAGUUAAGUUGGGGAGAUAUUCAGCUUGGAGUAUGGCUUUUGGCGAUCCGGAUACUGUGGGGAGAAAAUAACAGGGAGUGGAAGGAGCUGAUGGGUGUGGACGGGGGGCGGUGGAAGAAGUUCUUCGAGGUUAUCGAACGAUGGGCAUAUGUGGAUGAGGAGGGCAUUGCAGCUUGGGCGGCUCUUUAG